AAGCGUGGGAAAAUGGACGAGUGCCUCGAAACCUUGAAGGAUGAAGAGGAAGCUCUAUGGGAGAACGUUGAAUGCAAUCGUCAUAUGCUGACCCGUUACAUCAACCCCGCCAAGCUGACUCCGUACCUGCGCCAGUGCAAAGUCUUGGACGAGCAGGAUGAAGAUGAGGUGCUCAACUCCCCGAUGCUCCUCUCCAAGAUCAACCGGGCCGGUCGUCUCCUGGACAUCCUUCAUACAAAGGGAGAGAGGGGCUACGUGGUCUUCUUGGAGAGCCUUGAGUUUUACUAUCCUGAACUCUACAAAUUAGUAACGGGGAAGGAACCCACGCGGCGUUUUUCUACUAUCGUUGUAGAAGAGGGACACGAGGGUCUCACUCACUUCCUGAUGAACGAGAUCAUAAAGCUGCAGCAGCAAGUCAAGACGAAGGACGCCCAGCGCUGCGAGCUCUUGGCCAAGUCCCGCCAGAUGGAAGACGAGAGGAAGCAGCUGAAGCUCAACAAGAUCGAGCUGCUCACCUUCCAGGAGAGAUACAACAAAAUGAAAGACGAGAGGAACAAUUACAACGACGAGCUGAUCAAGGUGAAGGAUGAGAACUACAACCUGGCGAUGAGGUACGCCCAGCUCAGCGAAGAGAAGAACAUGGCCGUGAUGAGAAGCCGAGACCUUCAGCUCCAGAUCGACAAGCUGAAACACAAGCUGAAUAAAAUGGAGGAAGAAUGCAAGCUGGAGAGGAACCAGUCUCUGAAACUCAAAAACGAUAUCGAGAACCGGCCGAAGAAAGAACAAGUUUUUGAACUGGAGCACGAGAACGAGGUGCUGAAGACCAAAAUUCAGGAGCUGCAGUCUAUAAUCCAGGCUGGGAAGCCCAGAUUGCCAGAUUCCGACAAAGCCAUUUUGGAUAUCCUAGAACACGACCGCAAAGAAGCACUUGAGGAUCGCCAAGAGUUGGUCAAUAAGAUCUUUAAUCUCCAGGAAGAGAUCCGUCAUGCAGAAGAUCUCCGGGAUAAGUACCUUGAAGAGAAACAAGAACUGGAGUUAAAAUGCUCGACUCUGGGGAAAGACUGUGAGAUGUACAAGCAUCGCAUGAACACCGUCAUGCUACAGCUGGAAGAGGUGGAGAAGGAGCGAGAUCAGGCCUUCCACUCCCGGGAUGAGGCCCAAAUACAAUAUUCCCAGUGCCUGAUUGAGAAGGACAAACACCGGAAGCAGAUUCGGGAAUUGGAGGAAAAAAACAAUGACCUGAGGAUUGAAAUGGUCCGGAAGGAAGCGUGUAUCAUUAACCUGGAGUGCAAACUCAGACGCCUCUCCAAGGACAACGGUUAUGACCAGAGUUUGCCACGGAAUUUGCCCUUCACUGUGAUUUCUCAGAUGCUGGAAACCUCCAGACCCAAAACCAACGGCCAAGAGGCAGAUGACUCUUCAACUUCUGAAGAAUCCCCCGAAGACAGCAAAUUCUUCCCCUUGGAUCCACCUCAGUUUAGGAGAAGAUUAAACAUUAAGGGCUUCCAGCCUCCAAGAACAAAAUCCCCCAUCGGUACGAAUCGGACGCCAGAUCUCCAAGUCCUUCAAAGCCACAACGAAGAGAAGGUUGAGACCAUCCAGAGCUACCCUGAAGCUUCUUCCCAACCCAUCUCCAUCAACAACUCCACGGGCAGCUGCGAAGUUAACAAAAUUCAAACCCUGAGAUAUCGCUGUGCCAGCAUUAUGUCCACCACUCCGGAGCCUCCAGGAAAUGAUUCCACUCGACGGAACAAAGAUGUCCCACACUCAAGUUUGACUGAAGAAGAUGACAGCUUUGGCUGUGAUGCUCUGGAAUUAGAAGAUGAUGUCCCUGACAGAUAUUCCUCAUUACCUUCCUCCUCAUCUUCCCACCAUUCUGAAGGGCUGGAUCUAGAACAAGUCAACUCUAUUUUCAGAAAGUUUUCUCUGGAAAGGCCAUUCCGCCCUCUGUGACCUCCGUUGUACGUCUCCACAACGUCUUCCACGCCGUCCAGCAGAUAGUGGUCAAUGGGGACACGCUGAGCUCAGAGAUCAGUUUGCUGGGAGGGAACAUCAAAGGAAGCUUCGUCCACUCCGUUAAAAUCAACUCACAGCGGGGAAAGCUGGCCUCCGGGAAGGGUACCAACUGCUUCUGGUGGAGGGCUGCAUCCGAGGAGAACAUAUGAGCGUUCCCUGGAUACUUGCACCAAGGAGGAAAUUCACUGGACAAUUCAGAGAUGUAGUGGGCCAGUUACGUUGCACUGCAAACCAAAUCAU